AUGGCAAGCAAAACAACGAAAAGGGAAAUCACCCUCCCAGUCAACGUGGUUGGCACAAUCCAAAAUGCCAAAUUCCAUAUCAUCGAAGGAGACAUAAGAUAUAAUGUCUUGCUUGGAAGGCCAUGGAUACACUGCAUGAGAGCAGUAUCAUCAACCCUUGAUCAAAUGAUGAAGUUUUCAACAAAGGAUGGAAUAAAAACCGUGUACGGGGAGCAACAUGUAGCAAGGGAGAUGUUCGCACUACACGACGUGGCAACGACACCAGUACCUCAACCUUCGAAGGAGCUAAAGGAUAAGCAAACAGUAAAAUAG